AUCACUUGGUUAUGUUGUGGGUGCAUCGUGCAAUUAGUUUAAUGCGGGGUGGAUUUUGCUCCAAAGUGCUUAGACUCCGCCUUCUUUAACAUAAACAGCAUUUUGGCGCUUCACAUGUUUCCAAUGAAGAACCUACUGAAGAUCUGGCUUAUGAAGCAACAAAACAAUUGGGACAAAUGAAUCAUCGUUUAAAUAUCUUGGCAUUAGAGGAGCAAUCAAGACAAAUCAAUUUACCAAAUGUUACAAUAAAUGAUCUUGUUAGUAGAAUACCUUGCACUUGUGAUGAAGGCAUCUGCAAAUGUUGCGCAGGAUUUCUGUCGGUUAUUGGCAUGAAUAGCUGCACAGAAGUAGUUUAUCGUCCUGAAGAAUUUUCUUUCGAACUGCGCAUGAAGGUCAAUAAUAAUGUUUGGUUUAAACGUAAAGUUUCUGGACAGAAUCCACCGCCAUUCUGCUUCCGCCCUCCACGUUUCAAUUUUGCACGUGCCUGUAUACAAUUCCAUGAUAUUUGGUUUGUAGGUAGAAAUAUGCAUGUUUGUAUGUAUAUGUCUGGUUCAUUUCAGGGUUAUGAACUAUUUGAAAGAAACUUCGAUUGUUUAUUAUUCGGAGAUAAAGGAGUCAAAAUUGUUAAACCAGAGCAAGGUUAUCCUGUACGUCCUCACGAUGUGGACAUUGAUGAUGGUGACGAUGAAAUUGAAGAUUAUGAUGAAAAUGUAGUGAGACGAAGAAGUUAUAAAAAUCGAAAAUAA